GCUCUGCCUCUCCCCCGGCCGAGCCCAAAAUCAUCAAAGUCACCGUGAAGACCCCCAAAGAGAAAGAGGAGUUCGCGGUGCCCGAGAAUAGCUCGGUGCAGCAGUUCAAGGAAGCGAUCUCGAAACGCUUCAAAUCCCAAACGGAUCAGCUGGUGCUGAUCUUCGCCGGAAAAAUCCUAAAAGAUCAAGAUACCUUGAGCCAGCACGGCAUCCAUGAUGGACUGACCGUUCACCUUGUCAUCAAAAGCCAGAACCGACCUCAGGGCCAGACCACACAGCCCAGCACGACCGCGGGAACGACUACUACUACCACCACCGCGUCGACUCCCAGGAGUAACUCCACACCUAUUUCCACAAAUAGCAACCCGUUUGGGUUGGGGAGCCUGGGAGGACUUGCGAGCCUUAGCAGCCUGGGUUUGACCUCGACCAGCUUCACCGAGCUGCAGAACCAGAUGCAGCAGCAGCUCCUGUCCAGCCCUGAGAUGAUGCUCCAAAUCAUGGAAAAUCCCUUUGUUCAGAGCAUGCUUUCGAAUCCCGAUCUGAUGAGGCAGCUCAUCAUGGCCAAUCCACAGAUGCAACAAUUGAUUCAGAGAAACCCAGAAAUCAGUCACCUGCUCAACAACCCAGAUAUAAUGAGGCAGACCCUCGAAAUCGCCAGGAAUCCAGCCAUGAUGCAGGAGAUGAUGAGAAAUCAAGACCUGGCCCUGAGCAAUCUCGAAAGCAUCCCAGGGGGCUACAAUGCCCUACGGCGCAUGUACACUGACAUUCAAGAGCCGAUGCUGAAUGCUGCACAAGAGCAGUUUGGGGGUAAUCCGUUUGCCUCCGUGGGGAGCAGUUCCUCCACCGGCGAAGGUUCGCAGCCUUCCCGCACCGAAAAUCGAGAUCCGCUGCCCAACCCGUGGGCACCACCGUCGGCUACUCACAGUUCUGCAACCACCGGCACCACCUCGAGCAGCGGCAGCGGGUCCAGCGGGAGCUCCAAUAAUCCCGGGAACACUAUGGCCGCGGCCAAUUAUGUCGCCAGCGUCUUCAGCACCCCGGGCAUGCAGAGCCUGCUGCAACAGAUAACUGAAAACCCCCAGCUGAUCCAGAAUAUGCUGUCUGCGCCCUACAUGAGAAGCAUGAUGCAGUCGCUGACCCAGAAUCCGGAUUUGGCUGCACAGAUGAUGCUGAACAACCCCGUGUUCUCGGGAAACCCUCAGCUACAGGAGCAGGUCCGUCCGCAGGUCCCUUCUUUCCUGCAGCAGAUGCAGAGUCCGGACACGCUGUCAGCCAUGACAAACCCGAGAGCCAUGCAGGCGCUAAUGCAGAUCCAGCAGGGGCUACAGACAUUAGCUUCUGAAGCGCCCGGCCUCAUUCCCAGCUUCACUCCAGGUGUGGGGGUGGGGGUGCUGGGAACCGCUAUAGGCCCUGUAGGCCCAGUCACACCCAUAGGUCCCAUCGGCCCCAUUGUGCCGUUUACCCCCAUUGGGCCGAUUGGGCCCAUAGGACCCACUGGCCCUGCGGGUCCUCCUGGCUCCACUGGUUCUGGCAGCACCCCUGGGCCCACCGUGCCUAGCUCUGCAUCCAGUGAAACCACGAGCCCAACAUCAGAAUCUGGACCCAGCCAGCAGUUCAUUCAGCAAAUGGUGCAGGCUCUGGCUGGAGGAAGCCCUCCUCAGCUGCCAAUUCCAGAAGUCAGAUUUCAGCAACAACUGGAACAGCUCAACGCCAUGGGCUUCUUAAACCGCGAAGCUAACUUGCAGGCUCUAAUAGCAACAGGAGGCGACAUCAAUGCAGCCAUUGAGCGGCUGCUGGGCUCCCAGCCAUCCUAAUUACAUUUCUGUACCUUGGAAAAAUGUAUCUUAUUUUUGAUAAUGGCUCUUAAAUCUUUAAACACACACAAAUCAUGCUUUACUUUCAUUUUGAUUCUUUUCAAUCUGUCUAGUUAUAAAUCUAAUGAUAGAUUUUAAGGUGGAGUCCAUACCUGCCUCCCUCCUUCCUUCCUUCCUUUCCUCGCUGCUCCCUCCCCUCUCCCUCCCUCCCUCUCUCCUUCCAUUUCCUUCCUUGUCUGUUUUGAAUGGUGGGAAUCAAUACUGUUUUACUGUUUUUCUCAAAAGUGUUGCAUGCAGACACUUCUCUUUAUUCUGCAUUUAUUGUGAUUUUUGGAAACAGGUAUCAAACUUCACAGUUGGGUGAACAAGUUUUGUUCUUCAGAUGUCCAAUUUGUUUGCAUUUUAAACAUUAGCCUAUGAUAGUAAUUUAAUGUAGAAUGGGAAAUAUUAAAACAAGAAGCAAAUUAUCUGAAGCUCUCUAAUUUGUGGUACAAUAUUGCUUAUUGUGACUUUGGCAUGUAUUUUUGCUAGCAAAAUGCUGUAAGGUUUAUAUCAUUCUUUGAUUUUUUGCUAUAUUUGUAUACAGUACAGUAAGCACAAUUGGAACUGUACACCUAGAAAUGUUACAACAGAGUUUCUGAGCAUAAUAUGUGUAAUCACAGUGAGAAAGAAUAUAAGUAUUUCUGGAGCUAGGUAUGUAACAAUUUUGUAGAAUCUUACAGCAUCUUUGAUCAACUUCUCAGUGAAAAUGUUGGCUAGGCAAGUUCAGUUAAAAUAUAGUAGAAAUGUUUAUCCUGGUAUUUCUAAGUAUACCUUUAAUUGUACAGAAAACUUACUGUGUGAAAUUGUGUCAACAUUUGCUGAUUGACUGUAUAUGACCUUAAUCUUUGUGCGGCCUGAAGGAUCAGUGUAGUAAUGCCAGGAAAGUGCUUUUGACCUAAGAUUUCCUUCUCAGCUUCUCUCAUAAAGAGACCCUAAUAAUACACAUUUUGAUUUGUAAUUGGAAAUGUAACUUUCACUGAAAAUGUCAUGUGAUGUUUGCAUUACUUUUAACUGCGAUGUGUAAAGGAUACUGUAUCUUUUGACUCUAUCAGUUAUUUCUCUUAUGCACAGGGAAAAAAGCAUUAAAAUGACUAAAAAAAAUAAAAAAUAAUAAAAAAUGGA